AUGGCUCUGUCUCUCUAUUUUCCAUUACUUCUCCAACUCAUUUUCCUCGUCCGUCCCUCCUUCUCUCAGAACCCCAUUUUACCAAAAGCUGCAAUCUUUCCUCUCACAAAGGACUUCCCAGCCCACCAUUACGUUUCCAAGCUUUUCAUGGGCUCAAAUCUCGACCCAGUCGAGCUUGUUCUCGAUCUCAACGGCCCGUUUACCUGGGCCGACUGUGGAUCCAUCUCCGCCUCUGGAUCCAGACAGCCCGUCAACGCCUGCUCCCUCAAGUGCUCCAUGGCCGCGGGGCCCACCAAGGGCUGCUUCACUCCAGGGUACAAGUACAACUCCAGUAGUUGUACCUUGCCGGCCGAGAACGCGGCCUCGGGAGCCUCUGCUUCCGGCGAGGUGAAUGAAGAUGAGAUAGCUAUGGAGUUUUGGGCCGGGCCGGGCCUCUCGAGCUCCCUGGCCGGAAACGAGAGAUUUUUGUUUUCUUGUGCACCGAGCUCGCUGCUAGAAGGGCUGGCCGAUGGAGCUAAGGGCGUGUUUGGGUUGGGAAACUCAAGAAUUUCGCUCCCCUCCCAAUUUUCCACCUCCUUUGGGUUUCUCGACCGGAAAUUCUCUCUGUGUAUUCCGGCGUCUUCGAACGGGGCGAUUUUCCUCGGCGGGGGCCCACACGACGGCGAUUUCUCGAGCCCAAUGAUCUACACGCCUCUGGUUUUCAAGAAAAACGGCUUGCGAGACGCGAGUUAUUACAUACAUUUGAGCUCCAUCAAGGUUUCUGGUAAGAAACUGCCUUUGCAAGAAAAGGGUCUCAUCGGGACGAAGUUGAGCACGGUUGUAGCCUAUACCACUUUGGAGAGAACAAUUUAUGCUGCGUUUGUUGAUGCCUAUGUCAAGGCUGCUCAAGAAGUGAACUUGACUUUAGUUUCAAGUAUUGCCCCAUUUGAGGUGUGUUUUAGCUCAGAUGGGGUUGGGAACAGAAAUUCCGGGCCGAAUGUGCCGGUUAUCGACCUUGUUUUGCAGAGUGAGAUGGUUAAGUGGAGGAUUCUUGGCAAGAACUCGAUGGUUCUUGUGAAUGAUGAUAUCAUGUGUUUGGGGUUCUUGGAUGGUGGGAUCAAUCCUAAAGACUUGAUUGUGAUAGGUGGUUAUCAGAUGGAGGAUCAUUUGUUGGAAUUUCAUUUAGGAAAUUCAAAGCUUGGGAUUUCACCAUUGGCUAUGGAUGGAAAGAGUUGCUCUGAUUUCGGGCCUUCGGGCUUUGUGGGCUAG